AUGAGGAGAGCAAUAACAAGCAGGGUAGCAGAUUCUCGACAUUAUUGCAGCAACUGGUGGUUACUAAUUGCGCUGGCUUCGGCGGCGGUGUUUCUUGCGACGGCGGAGUGGAAGGGCUGCGUCGACGGCUGUUUGGAGCAUGAAAGACUUGCUCUCGUGGACAUUCUGGACUUCUUCCAUGAUCAAGAAGUUGGGCUUGAUCCCAAAAACAGGGAUGGUGACUGUUGUGGUUGGGAAGGAGUUAGAUGUAGCAACACAACAGGGAACGUGAUUGAGCUCGAUUUUCGUUUUGCGACAACCACGACGUCGGGAGGGUACCUAAAUGCAUCUUUGUUUCUGCCUCUUCAAGGAUUGAGACACCUUUCCUUGACGAGCGCUGGAUUGCUUGGUUGCAUGAAGAAUGAAGGAUUCGAGAAGUUAUCGAAACUUGUUUACCUGCAAGGGUUGGAUUUAGGUUACAACCGUCUGAGUAACGAUGUACUGCCAUCUUUAAGUGGACUCUCGUCGUUGAACUAUCUGUCUCUCCGUAACAAUAGCCUCAAAGGGGUCAUUGAUAUUAAUGAAAUAAAUCAACUUAGUGCCUUGAGUGACCUGGAUUUGGGAGGCAAUGAAAUUGAAGGAUUUACAUCCUUUCAAGGGUCCGAGAAGUUGCCAAAACUUGUUAAUCUAGAAGAUCUGGAUUUAAGAGAAAAUGAGUUAAGUAACGAUGUAUUGCCAUUUCUUAGCACACUUCCAUCGCUGAAGUAUGUGUAUCUUGAUAACAAUAAGCUAAAUGGAGUCAUUGACAUGGAUGAAUUAAAUAAGCUUAGAGGCUUGAGGGUGCUGAGUUUAGGAUGGAAUGAAAUAGAAGGAUUCACAUCCUUUCAUGGUAAUGAAGAUUUGUUGAAACUGGCGCAGCUGGAAGAAUUGGAUAUAUCUUAUAAUAAUUUUAGCAACAUCAGCUUAUUGAUCUCUACAUUCAAAGAGCUUUACUCUCUCAAAUAUCUAUCCGUGACAUCCAAAAACUUACUGGAAGGAUUAAUAGACAUGAAAGAAUUGCCUGCUCUCGCCGAACUACAAGAGCUUUAUCUAAGUGGGAAUCUUGUAGUGCAAAACUUGGCUGUCUUGAGCGAUUUAGAGUCGCUUUAUCUAUAUCGGAGUAGUCGUUUUGAACUUCAAGGACGAUCGAAGCUGAAGAAACUGAAAAGCUUAAGGAUAUCUGACUCCAUUAUACAAGGCAAUUUCUUUGAGAGUAUUGGGACUUGGAUAUCUGACUCCAUUACACAUGUGGAUAUUCGCCGUUCGUCUCUCGUCAAUUCCACGAUUUUACAAGGUUUGUGCAACUUAAAACGUCUAAAAGAAAUAGACCUCUCAACGAAUGAUUUGAUCGGUGAUUUGCCACAGUGUUUAUCAAACCUGACUUCACUUCGAAAUUUGGAUAUCGCUGCCAAUCAGUUAUCAGGAGAUAUAUCUCAAUCUCCACUCACAAAUAUCUUUUCCUUUGAAGUCAUUCAUAUUUCUCAAAAUCUAUUCCGGAUCCCGCUCUCUCUAUCCCCAUUUUUCAACCAUUCUCGUCUUAAGGAGUUUUUGGGGGGUGGCAAUAGCGAGAUCUACGUAGACGAACAUAAAGAUGAUAUGAAAACACAAGACACUCUCCUACUGGCCGCACCACGUUUCCAGUUGACAGACUUGUCACUGUCUUCUUGGUACAAUGGAAACGUCGAUGACAGAUUUCCUAAAUUUCUCUACUAUCAACAUGACUUGGAGUCUAUUUCUAUCGAAAACAUCAUAAUGAAGGAAGCUGGAUUUUUGUGGUGGUUGUUGGCUAACAACACCAACUUAAGAUGGCUUAUUCUCUCCAACUGUUCACUUUUUGGGGCUUUCCAAUUGCCACACAAUCAGCUAUUUGGAAUAGUACCUGAACAAUUACCAAAUUGUUCUAAAUUAGAAAUACUGGAUGCUAGCAACAAUCAUCUUUCUGGUAAACUUCCAAUAUCUUUUCAGAAUUUUCCUAGGCUCCAAUUUUUAGAUCUGUCAAAUAAUAAUUUUUCUGGAAGUCUGCCAUCGGGUUUCAUUACUCCGCGGAUGACAGAAGUUUAUUUGUCGAGAAAUCAUCUGGGAGGAACUUUCACUGAAGGAGAGCAUGAGAUUUCUGGUGUUGAUAAUGACUACUCAAGUUAUCAGAUAUCGGUAUUGGAUCUGAGCCACAAUCAUCUCAGGGGUACAAUCCCGAUAUGGAUUUCUAAACUGCCUAGAUUGUCCUAUCUCUUACUGAACAACAACAAGUUGCAUGGUGAAGUUCUUGUUCCUUUUUGCUUGGAGCAGUUCAAAUUGAUUGCUAUUUCUCACAAUCAUAUUUCUGGUCACAUUUCCUCUGCAAUCAAUGCCAAUAGAAGCUGCGGUGUAAGAAGUGAUGAUGGAUUUCUUUUAGAAGGUCUAGAAUUUGUUACAAAGGCUCAGUUGCACACAUAUGGUGGAAUCCUUCUCACAUUAAUGGUUGGCUUAGAUUUCUCAGACAACAAUUUCACUGGUGAGAUCCCUCCUAAGCUCGGCGAUCAUAUGAGUGACAUAAGAGCUCUCAACUUGUCAUACAACAAGUUGACAGGAUCGAUUCCACCAUCACUUUCAAGGAUGUUUCAAAUUGAGAGUUUGGAUCUUUCUCACAACAGUUUAAGUGGUGCGAUUCCUACUCAAUUGACAGAGUUGACUUCUCUAGCAUCUUUUAGUGUGGCAUACAACAAUUUGUCCGGCAUGUGUCCUCAAAGGAUUGCACAGUUUGCUACAUUCGACGAGACUAGCUAUCAUGGAAAUCCUUUUCUCUGCUGCACCUUUCCGUCGCAGCCGUCUAAACCAAUAUUCAGUCUACCAACUUCUGGCAAUCGAGAUGAUAAUGAUGAAGAUGAUGGAGGAGAAGGUUUCAUUGACAUGGAAAGUUUCUACGCAAGCAGUGGAGUGACUUUCAUCAUGGUGUUGUUAACCAUCGCGAGUGUUCUUUGCAUAAAUCCAUACUGGCGACAAACAUGGUUUUAUUGCGUUGGUGUCGCCACAACAAAUUUCUACUAUUUUCUGGUGGACCAUCUGCCCGUGCCGGUCAAAUACAAGGUGCUGAAGCUUUAG